AGCGAGUCAAGUACAGCUAUAUAGUCAUGUUUUACAGCUAAAUGUUUUUAUAGGGACGCUGUUGAACUUGUUAGCUGAUAUCUGAUAAUUUUUGUUGAAAGAUAACUUUUUUCCCAGCGGAUGUAGCCAUAUUUUAAUAUCUCGGAAACACCGUACUUUUUUGCGCUCCGGGAAUUUACAGAUCCGUCAUAUUUCCUGUGGGCCUGGCUGAACGCACGUGGAAGCGAUUAUUCAGUUUACCACGGUAUUAAGAGCAGACGAUCACUGAGGGAAGGUCCAGCCGUGCGCUCACCUCGCUCCAUGGAUAGAUAAUUUUACCUGGGCUAUUUUGUGAAUUAAUUUUCUUUGGAGAACCUUAAUCUAAAAUGAUUCCACGGGGAAAAAUGAUUUCCGUGACUUGGAAAAUACUGCUGAUUUCUCUGGUGCUCGCCUGUCAUGUGGAGGCCGGAGGAGGAAAAAAACGGCCGAGUAAAAAAGAGAUGGAUUUUGUGCGUUUAAUACGGAAAGUGAAAGACAGUCCAGGAGUGGAAAAACUUACUCCCAAGGGAUUUAAACUAACAGACAAGUGGGACCCAAAAAUCCUUAAAAGUAAAGCAGUACGAAAGUUUUGGCGGAAAUACAGAGGAGACUUGAGUUAUUAUAUAUCAGGCCAGAGUGACCAGGGACUAAAGUCAGUGCCUCUACUGUCCAUAUAUCAUCACAAGAAAUUAUUACCCAUUCUAGAAGUAUCUAUCAAUAUGAAAAGUCGCAAGUUUAUUGUGAGGUAUCAGGGUAAAGUAUCAUUCCAGAGGAAGGAGGUAGAGUUAUCUGCCCCUGUGAUGAAGUUUUUCAGUGUUUUACUACAUGUUAAUCAAACGUCAUUGGUUUUGCGACAUGGCUGUGAAGCUGAACAUGUGAUACAGCUUUCUCAGCCCAUGAUGAAGAUUCCUUCUACCGCCAAGGUCUCUCUCAGUGAUCCCAGGAAGUCCCAAAAAUUUACGGGUUUACUGUUUGAUGCGAAGCUGUUUGCCUACAUCACGAGGAAGCCCCGGACCUGUACACAGUAUCAAGCUAUGCAGCGGGACGAGAGCAUCACCUCUAAGGACAAGGCCAGUGCCAAGUAUCGCUAUGGAGACGAGCCAGACAUUCAGGAGAUUGUCAACAACCUGGAAAUAGAGAAUAUGUACCUGAAGGAAGCCCUCAAGUCACUCGAUCAGUGUGUCUGUUACCCACAAUGCAUUGUAGAUGGAGUUGUCUAUGACGACGGAGACACCUGGCAACAGAACUUCUGUACCAUCUGUGUUUGUGAGAAAGGACAGCCAUCUUGCUCACCUCGACUUGAUAUGGCCAAUUGUACAGCCCCCUGUACAGACUCCCCCUGUAAGAACCAGGGAUCCUGUGUGGAUGUGGGGAUGGAUGGCUACCACUGUGAUUGUAUGGCCCCCUUUGAUGGCCCCACAUGUGAGGUGCGACAGAACCCCUGUGUGUGGCCCCUGGAGAUGGGUUGCUGUGAUGGUAACAACACUGUGAUCCGAUACUUCUAUGACAGAUUCACUGAGGAUUGUCUCCCUUUUAACUACUCAGGAUGUGGUGGAAACGUCAACAAUUAUGAGACAAUAGAACAAUGCCGAAGUGUGGCCAUGACGGGUGCCUGCUGCUUCAGGAGAUUCAAGACAGACGUUGACGCACUUAUAGAAGGAGAACAAGGGGAGGAGUCAAAGUGUGAGAUCCUGAGUAUUGGUGAUUGUCGAAGUCUCCAUGGUGACGAGAGACUGGGUUACCAGCUGGAGGUAACAGCCUUCGCCCCAGGCCAGCUGUGCGAGGAGGUUAACUGUCUGAUGCCCUCUGACAAGUGUAUGUAUGAUGGCCAGACAUACUCACCCGGAGACAAGAUCCCUCAGGGCUGUCAGGACUGUAUGUGUGAGGCUGAUGGCCAAUGGACGUGCAGUUGUAAGGUGGUAUCAGAGAGGAAGGAAAUCCGUGACAUGACGCGAGAAGAGCUUGUCAAGUUUUAUUCGGCUAUCCAGCAGCUGCGCCUCACUGGCCCUGGCAAUGAAUGGGAGAAACUACGGGAUUUGUAUAUGACCCACAGCAUGCAGGCCAAUGGAGGCCACUUUUACCUCCCCUGGCACCGCAUCUUCCUACGACGACUGGAACAAAAACUACAGAGAAUUGACUGCUCCAUCACAUUACCAUACUUUGACUUCACUACAGAUGCUGGCAGGUUUGCUGAUGCCAUCAUUUGGCAGCCAAACUACUUUGGUGGUAAUGGAGAGGUAGACAGCUGCGUGCCUGACCAUUCGUUUGGUCAGCCAGGGUCAUGGCGUCCUUGCAUCAUGAGAAAGUUUGAUAUGUCUGUCCCAAUUCCUUCAUUGGCAGAUUUGUCAAUUGCAAUCAGCAGCGAGAACUUCCUAGGCAUGAGCAUGUUCCUCGAGACCUUCCUCAGUUACGUCCAUCGCUAUAUUGGCGGAGACAUGCUCACCACUGGGGCCCCCUAUGAUCCAAUCUUCUAUUCCGUCCAUGCAUUUGUAGAUAUGCUGUACUGGCAAUGGCAGCAGAAAGGUAACAACAAGAACAUGUUCCCUGGAGGCUACGGAAACAUUCCAAUGGUGCCCUUCAACAUUCCAGCCCGUAGUGUCCUUGACCUUGAAGCUGAAGUGUGUGUGACCUAUGCUUUACCCUCUAAAGGUAAUCCCUGUAACGUAACAAUGAAUCCCGGCCCUGAACUCGGUAGACAACCUGAUAGAGGAGACAUACCGGCCGUUACAGUUGACCUAAAUUUGCCAGGCUAUGAAGCAGGAUUUGAUCGUCGAGGCUUCAGUCAAGAUGGGUACGGCAAAGACGGUUUCAACAGGGAUAACUAUGACAGAGAAGGUUUUAAUCGUUGUGGUUAUAACAGAUUUGGUGUGAAUCGUGAAGGUUAUACCAAAUAUGGUUAUGAUGUGGAGGGCUUCAAUCGCAAUAAUGAAGAAGACACAACAGGACAUUACCAUACCAAUGGAUACAACGACUUCUGUUUGAACCGAAGAGGUUUGACGAGAGACGGUUACGACAAGCAUGGGUUUACAGUAGGAGGAAUUGAUGCCAAUGAGUGUUCCUACUACUACAAAGGUCCCUUCGCCACAGCCCAGAGCCUCAAGAUCUGGGACAUCCUUUCCCUGCAAGGCCAGGGAUUUCUGAAGACCUUCCCCCGCAUGUGUCCCCCACUGGACCCCGUCCCUAUUAGUUGGGCCGAGCAGUUCUGGAUCACACAGAUCAAGGAUGUGUCUGCCCUUGCGCCCAGUCCCAUCCCUAACACAGAACGGACUCUGUCAGCCACAGACGCACGUUUCUGCUUCGACACACAAUCCUUCCUGACACCGUGUACCUGUGAGACAACUGUAGCCAGCUGUGUGACCAACCCCUGUCUAAUGGCCUCCUGUCCCUCCUGGCCAGAGGCUACCUGUCGCAUCAACUUCUGCACAGAGUGUCGAGAUGUUUGGUUCUACGAUGACCAGAUUGUUGACUGUCACGGAGAGAGAGAUUUCUGUGAGCCGAACCCAUGUCAGAAUGGCGGGAGUUGUGUCCCCUCUAUUUGGCCGACAGAGCCACAGCUGAUCACCUGUACCUGUCCACCUGGCUGGGACGGACACCUGUGUCAGUUUCCAGCCCUAGAUGUCUGUAGUCUCCCCAUCAACACUGGAUCCCUAUGUGGACAGGAGUCACGGUGGUACUAUAAUCCCAAGUCCCGGGCCUGUGAGGAGUUUGUGUACAUGGGCUGUGGGGGAAACGCUAACAACUUCCCAACCCUAGAGGCCUGUCGGGGACGCUGCUCCAUUGGUGCAUGCUGUCACAGACUACCCAAUUUCAAAAAUAGGAACAUUGGAUACGGCAUUCAGGGCUAUGACAGGUAUGGCUUCAACAUCAAGGGGUUCAACAGACGAGGGGAACCUAGGACUCGCAACAAUUCAUUCUACAAUGGCAAUGACCUCUACAACUCCAAAGGCUAUGACUGGCAGGGUUUUGACCAUUUCGGCUACAACAAGGAAGGGUUUGAUCGCUUUGGUUAUGACAGAAACGGUUUAGAUCAGGAAGGAUUCAACCUGCUGGGUUACAGUGAUAUAGGAGACUAUGACGGCAACAUUGACUACAACGAGGAGGGAUAUGACAGUGAGGGCUAUGACAGGGCUGGUAUGAACUGUCAGGGACACAGUCGACGAGGCUUGAACUCACAAGGAGUCACUGUGGCGUACCUCUACAGCUGUAGAUCAGCUUCCCUGGACCAAUGUCAGAAUCUGGAAAAAGUUAAAGGUCAGGAAGUCAUAAAGUUUGUACCAGGCCAGAGAUGUGAAACCACGCAGUGUGAAAAAUCAUGUGGAUGUAGCCAUGGCAACAUGACCUAUGGUUUCGGCGAGAAGUUUCGGCGUGGUUGCCAGACAUGCACAUGUUUGCCAAGUGGAUCUGUUAUUUGCGACUGUGUCAAUGUGCGCCAGAGGAAGGAGAUUCGUGAUAUGACACGAGAAGAGAUGGAAAAAUUCCAGGCAGCCAUUAAACAUCUAGCCAUGGAGACUGGUCAUCCUUCACGCUGGUUCUCGCUUGCGAGGAUGUACGCAGAUCACCGACCACAGGCCGUGGGAGGGGAGCACUUCCUGCCCUGGCUUCGCUAUUUCUUACAGUUUGUGGAGCAGGAGCUACAGGAGAUUGAUUGCAGUCUCACAAUCCCCUACUUUGAUUGGACAGUGGAUGUUGGCGACAUGAGGAAGAGCAUUAUCUGGGCAGCCAAUAUGUUUGGGGGUAACGGUGAGACGUUGGAAGGUUGUGUACGCAAUCACCCUUUUAAGGACUACCACCCACCCUUCUGGGCCCCAUGUCUGCGGAGACAAUUCAACACCAAAAUCAGUCUGCCUGAUGCUGUGGAUGUAGAGCUACUGAUGCGUCGACAACGUUAUGAGAGCUUUCGCCUGCAAUUAGAGGUAAUGUCCAACCAGUUCCAGGCCUGGGUUGGUGGUCACAUGCAGACAGAGCUUGCACCUUACGAUCCACUGUUUUUCUCUCACAUGGCAUUUAUAGACAGGCUUUGGUCUGAGUGGCAGAAACGUGGUGGUAAUGGUUACUUUAACUACCCACAGAAACUGCGCUAUAUUUCUAUGGUACCAUUUGAUGUCACACCUGAUGAUGUGAUGGCUUCAGAAGGACAGAUGUGUGUGGCUUAUCUCCCCCUGUCAGAAGGGGCUUUGUGUAACACAUCUGUGCCUCUCUUUGGCUAUGACAGUGAGGGGUAUGAUCGCCAUGGAUACGACAGAGAGGGGUAUGACAGGGAUGGAUUCAACAAACGAGCAAUGGACCGUGGUGGUAACCCAGAUAUGCGUGGAAUAUUUAGUACCCUAGGACUAGAUCGUCAUGGGUACAAGAGGAAUGGAUAUGAUGCAAUUGAUUUUGACCGGUAUGGUUUUUACUACGAUAUGUACAAUUUGGAUGGGGUAGACAGUGCUGGCUAUGAUAGGGAUGGAUAUGACAGGUAUGGAUUUAACCGUAAUGGAAUGACACCCUAUGGUUUCCUUGGUAAUGGGACCUGGACACAGGGAGAACGUUUGGACCUGUUUGACCGUUUUGGGUACAAUAGAUACGGCUACAGUAGUAAUGGUUUGGACAGAAAUGGUUAUGAUGUAUUUGGCUUUGACUCUGUGGGUUUUGAUAAACGAAUGUGUAACAACUUCUAUCUUGGUCCUGCAUAUGUGAUCAUCAAACGCUGGUCAGAUGUGGAGCUGGGGAAGCUGGAUGACUUAUCCCUACAAAUUAUUACACGGAUCUGUCCUGUAGUGACUAUGCUGCCAAGCUGGGUCUACUCGUCCAGCUGGUUCGUCCGGGGUAACCAGGUGGCUCAGAUUGAGGCUAUACAAAACAGGCAGCAGACAGACUACACACCAAGAACCUCCAGUGUCCUGGAGAACAAGCUCUGGCUACCAGUCCCUUCGGACCACAGGCUGUGUUUUGUGACUAACUACUACAACACCUGUCCGUUUGGACAAUUGCCAGUGUCUUGUCCGGACACGUGCGGGGACAGACAGUGUCCAGGUAUCGUGGAUGCUGUGUGUAGGACAAAUAAUUGUGGCCACUGUCACCAGGAGUGGUAUAAUGGAGUCACAGGAAACAUCAUUGAGUGUAGUGGUUGUGUGGAUGAGAAUGGAAAGGAACGCCCCGAGGGAUCCACCUGGGCCCCUUCAGUAUGCAGAGUUUGUACCUGUCAGCAAGGCCUUCAGAACUGUGCUGAAACAAUCUGUACUGAACCGACCUGUACACACCCUAUACAGAUACCUGGCCAAUGCUGUAAAUCUUGUGGUGGUGGCUGUGACUAUAAUGGCGAUAUCUACUCUAACGGUGAGGUGUUUGAAGAGUCCGAGUGUAACACAUGUCAGUGUAGCUAUGGUAGCGUGGAAUGUCGUCGUAAGCCAUGUCAGCUGACACCUGGCUGUCGCAGCAGCUCCCUCCUGCCUGGUGACUGCUGCCCCACCUGUAUGGACUGUGGUAGUCAUGGUAAUGGCUCGAGGUGGCGGGAGCGGGACAGCCCAUGUGUAGAGCACACAUGCUUGAACGGUGUCAGUAAUCAAAGGAGGAUACAGUGUGAAGAGACUAACUGUCAGCAUCCCUACACGCCGGCCGGAGACUGUUGUCCUGUCUGUGUCGCUUGUUUUUACCAGGGAAGGAUUAUUCAAGACGGGGAACUCUUCACUCCUAACCUGUGUACGUCCUGUCUGUGUAAACAUGGUAAUGUCGAUUGCAUUGAUGAGCAGUGUCCCCGGCCCCAGUGCAGCAUGCCAAUCACUGCCCCAGGGGAGUGUUGUCCUACCAUCUGCAACAGUCCUUGUAACUAUGAUGACAAGCGAUAUCGCCAUGGAGAUGUAUUUAGUGCAUCCUACGACCCCUGUCUCAACUGUUCCUGUGACAACUCCAUUGUGCGAUGUGUACCUAUGCGCUGUGACACACAGACGUUACCGUGCCAGAACCCAGUGAGAGUUGGGUCCGGCUGCUGUGACCUAAGGUGUCCAGAGUGUGUGGAUGAGGGCAAGCGGUACGAGAACAGGGACGUGUGGGUCUCCUCAUCUGAUCCAUGCCGUGUCAACCAGUGUCGCGAGGGGCGCAUCAUUACACGGACCCGUCAGACAUGUAACCGCACCUGUACUCAUGGCACUAUCCGCCGUAACGAGUGCUGCUCUAGCUGUACAGAUUGUCUGUAUGAUGGGGAGACAUACAGUGACGGUCAGAGCUUCAUGAUGCCCGGAGACAGUCUACAGAGAUGUGCAUGUACUGCAGGAAAUGUAAACUGUCGUCUGAUUGGUCCCUGUCCACCAAUACGGUGCAGUGUAACAGAAACUCCUCCAGGCGCAGUUUGUCCUAUAUGUAAAGGAUGUUCCUACAAUGGCCAGGUAUACCAACAUGGAGACACAGUCUCAGCCAGUAGAUGUACCAUCCUCAGAUGUCAGGAGGGCCAGGUGUUGUCGGAGAGGGUCCAGUGUGCCCCACCGCCCUGCCUCAACCCAGCCGAGGUGGAUGGUCAAUGUUGUCCCGUGUGUAAAGAGUGCUCGUUUGAAGGAAGGAACUAUGGGGAAGGCUCAACCUUUCCCAAUCCAAGCAAACCCUGUGAAACAUGCCACUGUCAGCGAGGUGAGGUGCGAUGUAGGAAGACAUCUGUGGAUACCUGUCCCCCUGUUACCUGUCGCUACCCUGAGACCCGUCCUGGAGAUUGUUGUCCAUCCUGUGGAGGCUGCCACUAUCUAAACAGACACUUCCAGAGUGGUCAGAAGUUUGUGCCGCCAGGUGGGGAUGCCUGCAGGGUCUGUGUGUGUGAGGCAGGUACUGUGAACUGUACACGGAUGGAGUGUAGUCCUGUGAGCUGUCCUAACCCAGUGCGCCCUGCUGGUCGCUGCUGCCCUGUAUGUCCAAUCAACUGUAAUGUCCUUGGCACACGCUAUAGGGAGGGCCAAUCAUUUGGGGACACGAUGGAUCCCUGUACCAGAUGUACCUGCUGGGGAGGGAGGAUCACUUGUCAGUCCCACGCCUGCCCCAGUACAGGAUGUACUGACCCUGCUCGACGCACUGGUCAGUGCUGCCCUUCCUGUAGUCAGUGUGAAUACAACAACCGUCUCAUCAGAAAUGGUCAGGUGUAUGUGGACCCUGCUGAGCCCUGCAAGGAGUGCCGAUGUACAGAUGGAUCUAUCACCAAUGUGACUGUGCCCUGUCCUCCAGUUACAUGUGACAGACCAGUCACGUUGCCAGGACGAUGUUGCCCAGUCUGUGAGGACAAUAUUCCAGGCCCCACACCUGAUAUAACUUGUGAAGUGGGUGAUGUCACAUACCUAAGCGGGGCCACAAUGCCCCAUCCUUCAGACAAGUGCCAAGAAUGUGUCUGUAGACAGGGUCGAGUGGACGAUUGCCGACAAAAAUCGUGUGCCCAGUCUCGCUGUAAUAGUCCUGUGUUUACGCAGGAGGAGUGCUGUCCACAAUGUACAGACUGUAACUUUGAGGGUUUGAUACACAAGAGUGGUCGUACUUUCACACACCUGUUAAGACGAGACCAGACUUGUACCUGUACCCGGGGUAAUGUGAUGUGUGAGUGUAAUCAGUGCCAGCCUCUCACCUGUAGUAACCCAGCCCCCGCCAACAGCACAUCCUGCUGCCCAACUUGUCACAACUGUCUCUAUGGGAACCAGGUUCGCAUCAACGGCACACAGUUCCCGUGUGGAGAGUCCUGUACCACAUGCUUAUGUGUAAAUGGCAACAUCAAAUCUACACCUCAGUCUUGCUCACCAGUCGACUGUCAACACCCUGUCACAGAUGGAUGCUGCCAGAACUGUGAGCAGUGUUCCUACCAGGGACGUACCUACAGUGAUGGUCAACGCUUCUCUGAUCCCCGGAAUGACUGUAACCUGUGUAUGUGUGACCGGGGCACAGUCACCUGUCAGGCCAAGUCUUGUCCAGCCCCAACAUGUAGCUACCCCUCUAAUGGCCUGUGCUGUCCCGAGUGUGGAAAUUGUAUGUACCCAAACUCAGCAGGACGACUCAUCAGGAACGGUCACAGGGUCCCCAGCCAACAGGAUGUGUGUACCGAGCACCUUUGUAGAAAUGGUGAGAUUGCUAAUUUGACCAAGCGAUGCGUUGGCGUGUCCUGUCAGAACCCAGUCACCCGCAACUGUUGCCCCGAGUGUACUGACUGUCUGUACAGGGGGAUGGAAAGGAGAAAUGGUGAGUCUUUCAAGAACCCUGAGGAUGGCUGCAGUAGCUGUCAAUGUGUGAAUGGUAAUGUAAGGUGUAGUCGUAAGACCUGUAACCCUGUUGACUGUAACUGUCCUGCAGUCAAGGGAUGCUGUCCUGUCUGUGGAGACUGUUUCUACCGCAACAAAUUUUAUGCUGAUGGACAGAACUUUACUGACCCCAAUGAGACAUGUGUGAAGUGUGAAUGUCAGCAGGGUAAUGUACGGUGUGCACGCGUCUCUUGUCCACUGCUCCGUUGUCCAGAGAACGUCCAGUUUUAUGGCAGUAACCGAUGUUGUAAGCAGUGCCCCACACCUGACCAUUUAGUUGACUGUGUUUAUGAGGACCAACGUUACACACCUGGCCAGACCUUCCCCUGUGGCUGUGAUACGUGUACCUGUCGACGGGAUGGCUCCCUUGACCGUCGGCGUAUAGACUGUCCCAUUGCCCUGUGUAACAAUCCGCGCACCAGUGAUUUGUGCUGCCCAAGCUGUGAUUCCUGUGAACUCAGGCAUUCAACAGACCUCCAACGAACACUUAUCCUCCCUGAUGGUCAGCAACGGGAGGACCCCGGCGACACCUGUACCACAAUUAUCUGUGAGAAAGGAAACAUCGCCCGUGUAUCCCGAUCAUGUUAUGUUCAGUGUACCCAUGCCAUUCCGCCGUCCUUGGGCAAGUGUUGUCCAGAGUGUACCGACUGCAUUUACCGUGAUAGUACAGGGGCUGAGCAGAUCAUCAGACACACUCAGACCUUCUCUGAUCCUGGCUAUCCUUGUAGGGACUUCAGCUGCUUGUUUGGUAAUGUGACACAGCGUCAAAAGAUGUGUGACUUUGUGCCUUGUGAUAACCCUACAACAGACAGCUGUGGCUGUGAUGUCUGUGAUUCCUGUCUAUACAAUGGUAUCAGCUACACUGAUGGAGAGAUCUUCAACCACCUGUUUGACUCGUGUCAGGAGUGCGAGUGUAAGAAGGGUACAGUGGAGUGUCAGUCCGUCCAGUGUGUAGAUUCCUGUACCCAUCCUGCAGACGUCACUGACUGUUGUCCUUCCUGUACCAACUGUUACUACGAUGGCAGCAUCCGUACCAACAGCAUGAACUUUGUGUCCAGCGACUGUAAACAGUGCGUGUGUGUGAAUGGGAAUGUGAACUGCCAGAACCUGGUGUGUCCACCACUGACAUGUACCAACCCUGUACAGAUCCAAGGAGAUUGUUGCCCUAUCUGUAGGGAUAUCUCACCAACAGUCCCAGUGUGUACCUUCCUGGGUGAGCGAUACGAGGAAGGCACAGCAUUCAAACACCCGGAGGAUGGCUGUCGUACCUGUACCUGUCGCUUAGGUCGUGUUUCGUGUCAGGACCCUGUGUGUGACAUCAGGUGUGAACACCCUCGUCCCGACACCUGCUGUCCCGUCUGUGAUGACUGUCUGUUUGAGGGACAACUCUACCCAAACACUAUGUCCUUCCAACCGGAUACCUGUAGGAAUUGUCGCUGUGAUGAAGGAACAGUGACGUGUCAGGAAAGGACAUGUCCAGACCUUGGAUGUGCUCAGACCAUGAAGGUUCCUGGACAGUGUUGUGAAGUCUGUAGUGGGUGUGAACACAAAGGUGAACGGUACCAGGAUGGACAACAAUGGCGGAUGGUCGCUAACCUGUGUGUGACCUGCUCCUGUACUGCAGGACUCAUCACCUGUAUGGAGAUGCAGUGUUUCAACACAUGUGACAACCCAGUCAAUGUCCCCGGCCAGUGUUGUCCUGUGUGUCCCUCGUGCCGGUACAAUGGUUUGUCCUACACUGAUGGCCAAAGCUUUAGUCCUAAUGGUGACCCUUGUGAUAUCUGUACUUGUGAAAGCGGAGGGCUGAAGUGUCACCAUGAGAGCUGUCCCCAGAUCGCUAAUUGUCCUGUGGAGCAACAGUUGGCAGCUGGUCCUGGACAGUGCUGUCCUACAUGCUCAGGCUUUGGAACCAACUGUACCCGUGAGACUGUGGGUGUAAGCCUCAGACCUCGGGCAACACAAGACCCCUGUGUUGUGUGCGAGUGUACAGCUUCCUUCCAUUGGAUGUGUACCACACAAAGAUGUAACCCAGUGGCCUGUCCACCCUCCGUCCAGCGUGUCCAGUCGGGACAGUGUUGUCCCCAAUGUCCAGCCUGUUAUGAUACAAGGGAGGACCGUUAUUAUGAAGAGGGAACAACAUGGGCAGACAACUCUGAUCCUUGUAUGGUGUGUCGUUGUCAGGGAGGGGAGAUCAGCUGUGUGGCUGUGGACUGUCCCAGAGUCUUCUGUCUUGAUGACCAGGUUCCUCUCCCGUCCCCAGGCACCUGUUGUCCAGUCUGUCAGAACAUCGACCGGGCUGAGUGUGUGUAUCAGGGAAAUACCUACCAGACAGGUGAUGUGUGGACCAUAGACGAGUGUACAACGUGUAACUGUCUGGGGGGGACGGUGAGCUGUACUACAGAGCAGUGUGACCAGGAGACCUGUGGGUUUGAUGCCACGUUGUCUAGGAUACCCGGCCAGUGCUGUCCUGUCUGUCAAACCAGUCCUGCAACCUGCCUUGUAUACGGCGACCCACACUACCAAACAUUUGACGGCACAAGCAUCAGUUUCAUGGGAAACUGUCGCUACCUCAUGGCUGCAGACUGUGAAAAUGAUGACUUCAUUGUAGAGGUACAACAUGACCGUCGGUCAGCGCCCCUGGCUGUGUCCUGGGCCCAGAACUUCACGGUCAAGCUUUCUGGAUACAAGAUAGACCUGCUUCAGGAUGGAAUUGUCAUGGUGAAUGGUCGGGUGAUACAACCUAAUUACAGACAAGGAUCAGUGUUCUCUGUGGAGAUCAAGGAUGGUACUGUGUUCCUCAACACGCAGAUAGGCGUCAAGUUGGUGUGGAAUGGUGCAAGCCAGGCAGAGCUCAGUGUGCCAGGAUCAUACAAACGCAAGAUGUGUGGACUGUGUGGAAAUUUUAAUGGCUAUCCUCAGGAUGACAUGCGUACUCGUUCCAGACAGAUUACAAACUCACCGAGCAUUUUUGGAAAUAGCUGGAAGGCAGAUGACCAAACAUCAGACAACUGUGCCAAUGCUGAUGACAUAGACCCCUGUAAAGAGGUGGGCUACCGAGGCAAGCGCAUCGCUGAAACCAAGUGUGCCAUUCUUAAUGGCCCAGCAUUCUCCCGUUGUCACCGGACCGUGUCGCCAGAGCCGUUCUAUGCUGCGUGUCGCCAUGACAUGUGUGUUUGUCUAGAUAAUGACACCUGUCUGUGUGAAGUCUUGUCCUCCUACGCACGCGAGUGUGCCAAAAAGGGUAUCAGACUGGCCUGGAGGUCAGGGGGACUUUGUGAAUUUAGCUGUGAUGUGUCUAAGGGAUUUGUUUUUGAUGAGUGUGGCCCUGUGUGUGCACGAACAUGUGAAAAUUUUGACCAACCAACAGCUGACCUAUCUAGCAAAUGUUACAAGCCAUGUGUAGCCAGCUGCCAGUGUCCAGCCAACAAGGUCCUGUACAAUGGUCGCUGUGUUGACUCUACCUCGUGUCCCAACAUCAAUAGAGCAUUCUCUGGCACCACCAACACACGUAUACCGUGACGCCACUAGAGUUUUAGGUCACCAACGUAGACAGUGAUGUUAGGAAAGUUAGUCAGUUGAUCAGUAGUGCCUUUACAUAGAUAUGCUUUACCUGUAUGUCACAGGUGUGCUGUAACCUGUGUGACACCUGUACUAUGAACUGUGUCACACAUGUACUAUCACCUGUGUGACACAGGUGUGCUGUUAGCUGUGUGUGGCCUGUGUGUACUGUCACAUUAUUUGUGACACAGGUGUGCUGCUAGCUAUGUCUACUGUCACCUUAUGUGUGCUGUCACUUUAUGUGUGACACAGGUGUACUAUUAGCUGUGUCUGACCAGUGUGUACUGUCACCUUAUGUGUGACACAGGUGUGCUUUUACCUGUGUGUACUGUCACAUUAGGUGUAAAACAGGUGUUGUUAGCUGUUACCUGUGUUUAUACACAAGUGCUAACCCGUCAGGCAGUCAAUAAUAUAAGUGUAUGAUCUGUGAAGUAAGUAUAGAUUAAUGCAUAUCACCAGUAUUUUGCUCAAAGUUAUUUUAACUUGCCAGAUCACUUAGUUUGAUGCCUGCCUUAACUGUGAAUAUGAAAGUUGAAAGUAGAGUCAACUUACUUAAUGUUGAAAUGUGUAUGUCGUCACCACAGGAGGUAGUGCUGACAUGUUAGAGGAGUAGUUAAUAUAGGAGAGCUUUAGGCAAGCCCACACGUAUCUCUACAUAUAGACACCAAGUGAUGGCCACCAGUUUCCGUCCAGCUAAAAGAUCAUCAGGAAUGUUUAUAAAUCAUUAAUGAUGUGGAGUAUUGGAAGCCUGGAUAUUCUAGAAAUAUCAUCAAUAGUUAUUGCCUUGUUUAUAUAUGCCUGAAUUUUAAUUUAUACAAUGAUUUCUUACCAAUAGUUCGUGAAUUUCUUAGCCGAUAUUAAUAUCAUCUGCUGAAUAUUGAUGGAUUACCUGCCUGAUAUUACCAUUAUUACGGCCAGUUUAAUUACCAAUCUGAUAUUAGUUUUUACCGCCAUUUAAAUUACUAGCCCGAUAUAACCAUUUAUUAUGGUCGGUUAAAUUACUCACCUGAUAUUACAGUUUUUUACAGCCUGUUAAAUUACUGGCCAGAUAUUACCGUUUUAUGGCCUGUGAAUUAAUUACUGGCGGAUUUUACCGUUUUAAGGCCUGUGAAUUACCGUUUUACAGCCUGUGAAUUAAUUACUGGCGGGAUUUUACCGUUUUAAGGCCUUUGAAUUACAGUUUUAAGGCCUGUGAAUUAAUUACUGGCGGAAUAUUACCGUUUUACAGCCUGUGAAUUAAUUCCUAGCAGAAUAUUACCGUUUUACGGCCUGUUAGAAUAUGUACUAGGUAAAUGUAGAGUAUGACAACAGGUGGUCACACAAUUUUUAAUCACAUAACAUUGAAUUUUUAAAUUGAAUAUACAUGGUAUAAUUUUGACUAAUAUAUAUAUACACUAUUUUCAUUUAUACCUAAUACUUUUAAAGUAGAUCAGAACUACAUGUAUUUUAGCAUUAAUAUGUACCGAUAUUGUAAUAUAUUUGCGAUGCCAUGAAUGAUUAUUUUGACAAUCAAAUCUCAGGUGUUUUUUUGUAUGUUUUUUACUCAGUGAUUCUUUGUUGCAUUUGUUUAGAUACCUGUGCAAAACAAUUCCUCUGCUUGUUAAUGUCAGUAUUUAACAUAUGAGAGAGACCUUUCUAUUGCUAAAAAUGGUCUGUUCAACAGCUAUUUUGCUGUUUUAUUUACAUGAAAUAAAUGAACACAAAUGUGAUUCGAAGCAAUUAAGCAAACCUUGAUACUAAAAAAAUAGUAAACAUCAAAAAUGAUGGUGUUGUCAUUAACCAUAUAAUUAAAACUAAUAUUAUAUAUACUGUAUCUACCCUCAUAGUUACAAAUGAAAACGAUGGCCAGUGUGUGUGUGUGUGUGUGUGCAUCAUUGCAUGGUUGCUAUUAUAACAGUGAUGCCAUGUUACUAUGGUAAUGUGCCUCAAUGUCAUUGUUAUCACUAUGGUAAAGUAUAAGUGCCUAAAUGCCAUGGUUACUAUACUGUGUGCCAUGGUUGUUACUAGGUAAGUGCUUCAUAAUAAUGGUUGCUUCUAUGUUUUCUAUGCCUUAUUGCCAUGGUUGUUACUAUGACAAGUGUGUGUACCUUGUUGCCAUGGUCAUUACUAUGACAAGUGUAUGUACCUUGUUGCCAUGGUCGUAGCAAUGACAAGUGUGUGUACCUUGUUGCCAUGGUCAUUACAAUGACAAGUGUGUGUACGUUGUUGCCAUGGUCAUUACAACGACAAGUGUGUGUACCUUGUUGCCAUGGUCGUUACUAUACAAGUGUGUGUACCUUGUUGCCAUGUUCAUUACAACGACAAGUGUGUGUACGUUGUUGCCACGGUCAUUACAACGACAAGUGUAUGUACCUUGUUGCCAUGGUCGUUACUAUGACAAGUGUGUGUACCUUGUAGCCAUGGUCAUUACAACGACAAG